UCCUCAUUCCUCGUAGCGAGAGAGGAACAUCGCUCCACUCGGCAUCGCCUCUCUGAUCUUUCUCUACUCGGCCAUGGCGAUGGCAUCUUCCGAACAACCUUUGAAGAACCGAAGGCUGUACGAGCCGCCACCUGAGCGGCCGGAGACCGUUGCGGCAGCCGGCGACCUCCGUGGCUCCACCAACCACUCCACCUCCGCUGUCUCAGGAGGAAAUUCUCGCGAGAAGGAGAAACGGAGACGAAAUUCGAAGUGUUUACGAUAAUUACUAGAGAACCAAGUUGUAUUACCCUGAAAGGCAAAGAUGAUCGGCACCUGCCCGAGCGUGAACAAGCUUACCUAGCUCUCAUAACUGCAUCUAGAGGUUGUUCAAGUGUACAGCGUCUUGUGGCUGAUUUCGUUCCUCGAUAUGCCUCAUACUGUCCGUCCAACUGCUCUUGAAGCUGCUACAAAAGUCAGUGUCAAUGUGCAUAACUCUAGCUUGGCAGCGAUAAAUAGGGGCGAAGAUGCUGAUAAUGUUGCAUUUCAAACUGCCAAAGCUUGCAUUUUUGGUCUAGCUGAUAUUUGUUCCACAGCUUCUGCAGAGGCACCAACAUCAUCGGUUAUCAGAGGAUUCUGAUGAAAUGUUUCUGAGCUAAAGCAAAACUUUUCUGAUGAAGAUGAAUCUUCGUUGAUUAAGUUAUCCAAAUUCCGUAUCCCAAGUCUACUCUGGAUUUUUUUCCGUUGUCCUAAGAAUUUGCUUUCUGCCUGUUUUGAGCUCAUCAGGUCAUCUGCAACUGAAGAAGCUGAUAAAGGACUGUAUUUUCUGAGACAGGCAACAGGAAGGCUUAAUAAUCUUGACGCUGAUAGUGGUUUAGAUAAAGUAAGCUUAGGUCAGGGCCUGAAUGCUGUACGGUUCUUUUGGAACAAGCACCAAAGGCUGUGUGCUUUUUGGUAAGACACCAAGGUCAGAUAUUGGCAAUGUCAUAGAAGAUGCUUCUCCUGUUCUGAAGAGUUCUUUGUUGGAUCUGGUUUUCAGUAGAAACCCAUCAUUGAAAAGUUGGAUGUUCUUAAAGUACAAGAAUUUUGUAGGUUAUCCCCAUCUAAAUCUUUUACUGGAGAUAAUGUCUAGCUUGGGCGGAAUCUUUGAAUCAUUUGGGAAACAUAUUAACAUAGAAGCCAGUCAAGUAGACAGUAAUGAGGAUGAUUCUGAUUCCUCAAAAUUUGUUAGUCAGCCACACUCGAUCUCUAGAAGAUCCAAUCAACAUGAAACCUUGAGUGACCAAUCAGGAAGAGCUAAAUCCAGCAAUGAGAGUGGUGUUGAAAAUUUAUCAGGGACCCUAUCAAGACAUCAGAUGCUUUCACCUGCUACUAGGGCACCACUGGACUUCAAGAGUAACUCUUUUGAAGGUAGAAAACACGUUAAGAAUGUUGACAAGAAUCAAGUUUCAGAUUCAAGUGGUGCUUCUGCCUUGAGAUCAUCUAGUCGAGGUGUAAGCAUCACGUUGGCGUCACCUGGUAAUUAUUUGGCAGCAUCAUAUGGUUCAACAUCUUCUCAAACUGCUUGGUAUUUUGAUGGUGAUCCUGCUGCCAUGCUCAAUCUAUGCGUAUUUCAAAAUGGGGCUAAAGAAAGAAGCCUCAAUACUAAUUCAAGGAUGGUAAGAAUUAUAGUUAUAAGGUUGCAGGUUCAGUUGCUGUUGCAAAUGCCAAUGAAGCUUCAUUGGUUACCCAAGCUCAGGAAGAAUUAAUACAUGGGCUUGGACGUGGUGGCAACCUUCC